UAUGACCUACUACCCCCUUGAUACUCAGUUGUCUCGUCCAUCAAUGCAACAGAAAGAUGGCGCGACCACUCGAAAAAUAUCUAAUGCACGAGUUGAACUUGAACAACAUUACUGGCUAGCUGCUUGGGUAGAAAUACCACGAUGUUUCAUUAAAAGUCCCCUUAACGCUUUGCUUACUUGUCGCCAUGGAUGAACUAUUAGCAACGGUAGAAAUACGUACGGGACGGAAGAUCUCUGAGGUGGAAAAAGAUUGGCUUAGAGAUCUGUACUGUCAUGUGGAGAAGAACAUUGUGGAGAGCUCUUCUUGUAGCAUCAGCUACUUGACAUUGGCCUUAACUGUUGUAGACCAAGUCUUUAGCAUAACACCAGAAAUGGAACUGCCUUUGUCAUAUAGGUUCAUCUCGGUCCAGCAACUGGUACAAAGGCAGCACCAAGCCUGUUGUAGUCAUCUGCCAACAGCAAAUCAGACAGGACAUAAUAAAGACAGUACACCUGCCAACAGUAAAACAGACAUUUCUGCCAGGCCUCUUGGUCACAUCCGUGCCUUACUCCUGGGAAGGUUGACGUCUGGACCUAACCGUCUCAGUGUGGGGAAAAAUAACAGAGUUGGACAGCUUUAUAUUGAAGACAACACUGGUGCUGUACUUUGUGAGACUGCCACAUUGAAAACUGAUGUAUUUGAAGAGCUGGUGUUCCUCCCUUCAUGGAACUACAUUCCCUUUUCUCCCCAUAGACAAGGAAACAGGGGAUAUUUGGAAAUAACAGUGCCACCUUGUCAACUGAUCAAUACUACUAAGGUCAAGGAACAAGACUCAACAGUUCUUGUCCCAGCAGCUGCAAACUUUCUCAACAACAGGAAAGGACUAGUACUGGAGACCAAGGUAAUCAGUAUACAAGGGCAAGUUACUGGACUCACCACUAUUCUCAGGGUGAAAGAAGUUGUCUUUUUUAUGUUCAAAUUAAGUUCCACAACAGAGAAGCAACAUGUCCCUGUCAUCAUCAAGGGAGCCAACCUGAUCCACUUAUAUCACCUACUGGAGCCAAGCCAAGAAUACGUUAUCACUAGCCUCAAACCAACCACACUGUUCAAAAACAGUGCAGAUAAGAAAAAUGUGUACUGCUCCACAGCAGUGACCCGGUUUCUGCCACAGUUUGAUGGAUCUCAAGCUGUGCCAACUCCGUUGUCAGUUCCGUCAGCACAUGCUGUACCUGCUGGAGUAGAUGGUGGCGCUGCUGAGACACAGUCCUGUUCUCAUGGUGGUGAAGUUAGGCAGAAUUUCCACUCCUACCAGGGUACAAUCACUGCUUGUGUCAACAGUGAUAUCGGCAUCUACCAGCUGGAUGGAAAAGUCAGGCUACAUCUUGGUUAUCAACUGCAUGUGAAUGAGGGCCGAGGUCUGAGGGUAGGAGCCUGUGUAGCAGUGUACAAUGCUCAUCUCGUGAAGGAACACAUAGAGGGAGAUCCUGUGACAACGUUGUGUUGUUGUACUGCCAGCUGUGUGAUCAUUCAGUCCUUUUCUACACGAAACUCACCAUACAAGCCACCCUCCAGUCAUUCCGCUGCACUCUACCACCUCAUCUACCAUCUCAACCCAAACUUGUACGAGCUGCACUUCCUGCUUACUGCUGUCCAUCAACUGAGGCAGAAGUUCACCUCUCUUGUCAUCAGUGGAGUGGUGACCAGUCUGUUCCAGCAGCCCUCUCCUGUUACGAGUAGACUUGUACUUCCACAGCGACAACGCAACAUCUACACCGAGUUUCUGUCUGAGCGGCACUGCUGUGCGCCGCUGGCUGGGCUGUCCUCCAUGACAAAGAUGCCACUAUUCCGAGUACCCACUGUGCAUGAGCUGCUAGAACUUGUGCAACAGCAAGCUGAGAUAGAGCAGAAUUGGACAGGAACCAGCAGUUUGACACCUUCAGAACCCAACAACACCCUCUGCUGGACAUACUUGGUGUUGCAGCCAGAACACUUUAAUCCUCCUUUGUUGCUUGUCGGCCAGUUGACCAGUAGUAGACUCUCAGGAGAACUACAGUUACAGGACAAGACAGGCAGGGUGACCUGUCUUAUCAGUCAGACUACAGAAGCCCCCUCCUAUCCACACCUGUGUACAGACGCAUGUCAAUCAUCCGUCGACUCAGCUAUCAACUCUUGUCCCUUUGUCCACCCUUGGAAUCUCGACUGGCUGAUCAGACUGGACAGAUACCGCCUAGUUGUAGAGAGAUUUAAACCUUCAGGAAAUGACAACCUGAUGUUAAGUCAAUCCGACAACAUGGUGCCCAUGACUGGGUAUGAGAUCAGGAUCAGUGUGCAGUUCUCCAUGUGUGAUGUGGUAAAUUUGUACAAGGGAAAACAACCAGGGAGAAUGAAAUAUAGGCAAGCAAAGAGAAGGGCAGACGAGGCUUGUGACAACACUGCUGUGGGCCAGCCAGUAAAGAAAGGUGGAACAGGAAAUCCUUCCAGCCACAAUGAAAGAAAAGUGAUUGAUGCAGAAGUACCUGAGGCUUGUAAGGUGGAAUAUAAAGACCCAGCAGCCCAGUCUGUUAGCAGAUACGGACAUAUAGAGCAGUGUAGAUCACAUCGAGAGAUUACUUGUUCAGCACCAAGGACAGGCCAAAAACCCAGCAGCUCAAAACAUGGUUCUAUGUUAUGCCAGCCAUCCUUCAGUGGUGACAGUAAGGAUGAUAGCAGGCAGUCACAUCAGGACAUGGAACCUCAAUGCUACGUUUCUCAGAAAUUCUUCCUGGUACACAAAGACUACCCAGUAUUACAGCAGUCUGCUGACAGGACAGCCACAUUGGGAUUCUACUGCUCUGGGCUGUUCCUCGGAAAUGCUGUGGUUAGAGAAGAAAGUCUGAGGAAAAAGCAUGAAGCAAAUGCUCCUGAAGGAGGAAGCAUGAUGGAAGCAAUCAAGGAGGUGGCUGUAUUGUUCAUCGGGGAUGCUGUGCAGUGGUAUACGGUGCUUCAUGAAGGCUGUGUGUACCAUCUGGUCUGCCUGAAUAGCACAGACCCUGCUGUCUUUGCCACCAAGGUGAACUCUGCAGCACUUACCAGGGCUGUUGGUGCCACCAGCUGCAGGACCUGUGUUGUCCUACCAACAGGAGUGUUGGUGGAACAACUGAGCAAACUCUGGAAGGACCUAUGUGCCUCAAGAUUGGACCCUAUCCUAACUGUGGAGGACUUGUGCAAAACAAAGCCCAGUCGGCAUUCUACAUUGGUAUCAUUUUCCUGUUUCUUGGUGUCUUGCAAAUUUGAUGUAAAACAUCCAAUAGAUGGAAGCAGUAAACCUUUGUCAAGUACAAGUUCCCACAAUGAGCUAGACUCUGCCAUGACAGGACAUUGCUUAAAGCUGUUGGUGCAAGAUCUUAACUCCCCACUCUACACAAUGACAAUCUAUGCAAACUUUCUGGCAGACCCCUUUCCCCAUGGGCUUCUGCCUGGAGCUGUCCUGACAUUUAGGAGACUUGAGGUCCGAAUUUCUAAGAAGAGCAAGAUGUACUGUCUCUUCAACAAAUCAUCCGGUGUCAGAGUAGAAGCACUGUCACAUAUGGACACGAAGAAGAGCCUUGUAACUGGACAUACAGCACCAACAUCUGUGGACAACUUGAACAAAAUACCAAAGGUGUGUCUUGGACUGCUGAUCAACUCUGAGGAAAGUCAGCAGGUCAUGGUCAAGUUAGUCUGCCAGGUUGUUUGUGUGAAGUACCUGUACAUGCAGUAUACCUGCAGUUCCUGUGGACAGAUAUUCUCCAAUGGACAGUGUCAGAACAGGCCUUGCCUCAGCAUCAGCUCUGACAUGGGACACUUCACAGCAAAGGCCAGCUUCUUGGUUGAUGAUGGCACUGGCACAGCCCAUGUGCACUGCCGACAAGAUGUGAUAGGGGGAGUGCUUGGACUUACAGAUGACCACUGGAGCAUUCUGAAGAGACAGGCACAGAGGAGAGGAAGAUUGGCUCUUAGAGAUAGUUGGAGCAAUAAUGAAUGGAUCCCUGAUGGAGAGGGAUGUGAGAGUCCUGUUGAGUCUCUACUGACCAGUCUGUGUGAGAGCCCUCUGGUCAGACGACCUGUCCAGCUGUACUGCCAGGUCACCUCCACUGUCCACAUGUCAGAUGCAAACUCUGCAGGGAAAGAUUGUCCAGUGAAAACCCUGGAGGUGGGAGGUGUGCAAUACUUAACACACGUCCACCCAGCCGUGCACCUCCAUUGCCUGAAACUGGAACCAGUGGAGUAGAGCAACUUGACUGGGUGACUUCUGAUGAAGUGCACUCAAGAUGAUUAACCAGAGAAACAUCAUCAGUGCACUGACUUAUUAAGUGUAUUUGCUAUCAGCUGUGUGUAAACUAUGUACAAUGUACUUUGUAUCCCUGGUCAGUGGAUAGAAUUAUGUUUUACCUGAUUGAGCUGGAAUGAGAGCUUGCAAAGAUGCAACAAAUAUAAAAACCACAUGCCAAAAGGUGCAGGGAACUGUACUUAUCCAUGUUCCAGGUGGCAUAACCAUAUAUUGUAGUUUUAAUGUUAUUAAUUGGUAAACAUGUCAAGCAAAAUUGAAAAGCUUCUCAGUGCACAGGCAAGUCUGUGAAACAUUCUUUUCUCACUUUUAUUACUUUGAUACACUUUGUGUACAUCACUACACAAUAACAAUGUCUUCCAUUGAAAAGAUAAAUAAAACCAAAGAUUAUAUAACUA